GCGCUCGCCACUGCCUCCAUUUUGUCAGUAGAGGCAGAAGGAGGAGAUUGGGCAGGAGACGCUAGGUGGUGAGCAACUAGCGCAUCGGUGCUCGUGGGCUUUGUUCGAUCCGUGCCUCGUCUCUCCCUGGAAAGGGAGGGAGGCUUCGCUGUCGAGAGGGGGUCGCCGUCGCAGUUCCGAGCUCGAAGUCGCUAGGGCUUCUCUCAAACCUGUGUGCUGAGGAGACUCAGAUGUUGGCCUCAGCUCCUAGGCUGAACUCAGCAGAUUGGCCCAUGAAAACUUCUGUAUUGACACAAAGGAAAGGAUCCUUCAGAAAGCAACACCUAUUAUCCUGGGCUUGGCAACAAGGAAGAGGACAGGUAGUGGAAAUCCUACAAUCUGAAAAGCAGACUGAAAGGUGACAAAGAAGCUGAAGAUGGGUGGCGCAGAGAGGUAUAACAUUCCAGCCCCUCAGUCUAGAAAUGUUAGUAAGAACCAACAACCGCUUAAUAGACAGAAGACCAAGGAUCAGAAUUCCCAAAUGAAGAUUGUUCAUAAGAAAAAAGAAAGAGGACAUGGUUAUAACUCAUCAGCAGCUGCAUGGCAGGCCAUGCAAAAUGGGGGGAAGAACAAAAAUUUUCCAAAUAAUCAAAACUGGAACUCUAGCUUAUCAAGUCCCAGCUUGCUUUUUAAAUCUCAAGCUAAUCAAAACUAUGCUGGAGCCAAAUUUAGUGAGCCGCCAUCACCAAGUGUUCUUCCUAAACCACCAAGCCACUGGGUUCCUGUUUCCUUUAAUCCUUCAGACAAGGAAAUAAUGACAUUUCAACUUAAAACCUUACUUAAAGUACAGAUAUAAAAUAACAAAGUAGCAUUUUUAAAACUUAGGUGGUUUAUGGAUAGUCAAUUGGUCUGAAACAGAUUCACUAGGGAAUCCUUUUGUGUAGAACUAAUUAAUGUAAAAAAUAUAAUUAGAUUUCAUCUCAUUUGCUUUAUGUGUUGUGUGCACUGUGAUGUAAUAGUAGUAUCAGUGCAGCUUAAGGUAACUAAAUUAAUAAUUGUAUUUGGUAAUAAGUAUUCUCAAUCGAGUAUCUUGUAAGUGAAACUAUUCAAGUUUAGAUUUGGGGAAAUGGUAAAGGAAUAAACUUUUUCUAUUGUUUGUUGGGGGGAAACAUAAUAAUUAAGAUUUAUCAUUCAUGGAUCUCAGUAGAUUUACUUGAGUUAGUGAAUCAGAUUAUAAGCAUCUAGCUAAGAAGUGCAGAGAUGGAAAACUAGUUGAA